CCCCCGGGGUCUCCCGGAGCCCGGGGCAGGGGCCCUGUGACGUCAGAGCCUCCCUGGACCCCCCCCACCCCCCAGGACGGAGGGACAGUACGGGAUGAGGGGAGAGUGCGGGAUGAGUCGGGAACACCAGGAACUGCUCCGCUCCCACCGGGUCUCUCUGGCCCAGGAGCUGGUUCCCGAGGAGCUGCUGCAGCACCUGGUUCAGGACAGUACCCUCACCGAGGAGAUGCUGCAGCACAUCGAGGGUGUGGGCGGAACGUUCCGGAAGAACGUGGAGCUGCUGCGGAUCCUGCCGAAGAGGGGGCCGCGGGCGUUCGACGCCUUCGUGUCUGCGCUGGUCGCUACCGGGCAGCAGCACCUGGCCCAGAGUCUGCACAGCACGAUCCCACAGCAACAGGAGGAGGAGGAGAACCGCACGGGGGAGUCUCUCCGGGAGGUGCUGGGGUCCCCGGUCCAGGAGAGUCACUCCCCCCCGAAGAGAGCCAGGAUUUCAGAUGUGAUGGAGUAUUCCCUGGAUGGUGGGGAUGGACCGGAACUCCUGGCCGUUCAGCCCAGCACAGCUCGAUUCUAUCAGGAUCACCGCCAGACGUCCUAUCGGAUGUGUUCCCGGCCGAGGGGUCUGUGCCUGAUCGUGAGUAACGUCCGUUUCCCUGGGGUCCCGGACCUUGUGGACAGACAGGGGGGUGAGAUGGACCGCCUGGUGCUCUCUACCCUCUUCACCAACCUCGGCUACAGCGUCACCUCAGUCUGCAACCAGACGCAGCAGGUGAUGCGGAGGGAGCUGGAACGUUUCGCCUCCCGUCUGGAACACCGAGCCCUGGACUCCUGUGUCGUUGCCCUCCUCUCCCACGGUGUGGAAGGUGCCGUCUACGGAACUGAUGGGGAACUGCUUCAGAUCCAGGAGGUUUUCCGUAUGUUUGACAAUGACAGCUGUCCCCAACUCCAGAACAAACCCAAGAUGUUCUUCAUCCAGGCCUGCCGCGGAGGGGAGACGGACAGUGGUGUCGAUCUCCAGGACGGGAAGGAGAGGGUGAAAUCCCCGGGCUGCGAGGAAGCAGACGCUGGGGGAAACGGGAAUAUCCACAUCAAACUUCCCACCCGUUCCGACUGCAUCUGUGGAUACGCGUGCCUGAAAGGAAUGGCGGCGUUACGGAAUACCAAGCGGGGUUCCUGGUAUGUCCAGGCUCUGUCCCGUGUGAUUGCUGGACACGCCAAGGACAUGCAUUUGGCAGACAUGUUGGUGAAGGUGAACUCCCUGAUUAAGCAGCGUGAGGGUUUCUCUCCCGGGACUGAGUUCCAUCGCUGUAAGGAGAUGUCCGAAUAUUCCAGCACACUCUGCAAGGACCUGUAUUUCUUUCCUGGCUGCUAAUGG